AUGAAGAAGCACACCACCGCGCUCCUCGCCUUAUCGGCGCUCCUCGCCCCCUUGGCGUCCGCGGACUGGCAGUUCCGCUCCCGCCCGGACCUCGCCCCGCCGCGCCUCAACAUCACCAUCCCGGCGACCGCGGACGUCGAGCAGGGCUACCUCUUUGUCGCGCCCUUCGCGGGCCUCCCGGACACGCCGACGGAGCAGCACGGCCCUCGCCAGGCGGGGCCGUACAUUUUCCGCGACGACGGCGAGCUCGUGUGGAGCGGGUACGCCAUCUACAGCAUCUGGGCGACCAACUUCCAGGCGGCGCGCUGGCGCGGCCGGGAUGUGCUGUUCAGUUUCGAGGGGGACCAUAACCCCGGGUACGGCCACGGGCAUGGGCAUGUCACGUUUUUGGACCAGCAUUACGAGACGAUCCGGGAGGUGCGCGCGGGGAAUCAUAAGCUUGUUGAUAAGCACGAGUUUCAUGUUGUUAAUGAGGAGACGGGGUUGAUUCAGAUAUAUCAGCCUGUUCCGAGGCAUUUGACGCCGUGGGGCGCGGAGCCGGAGCAGCAGUGGAUUGUGAAUGCGAUUAUUCAAGAAUUGGACAUUGCUACUGGCAAGCUCCUUUUCGAAUGGUCCAGUCUUGACCACGUCACUCCUGAUGAGGCUAUACUGCCCAUCAACCCUGGCCAGGCUGGGUCAGGCUACAACAGCUCCGACGCAUGGGAUUACUUCCACAUCAACAGCGUCGACAAGGAUGCCACUGGCAACUACCUCAUCUCCGCCCGCGACGCUUGUUCCGUGCACAAGAUCAACGGCACUGACGGAUCCAUCAUCUGGCGUCUGGCAGGCACAAACUCGUCGUUCGACCUCGGCGAGGGUGUCGACUUUUGCUUCCAGCACCACGCUCGCUGGCUGUCCCAAGACGGCGACGAGGAGGUUCUGAGUCUGUACGAUAACAGCGCCCAUGGUACGGAGCACGGCGGCGGUAGGGAGGUGCACACAGCGCCGACGAGCAGCGGGAAGAUCAUCCGCGUGAACACGCGUACCUGGAAGGCCGAGCUAGUCCAGGGCUUCUAUCCCCCUGAUGGCUUGCUCUCCAAGAGCCAAGGCUCGACGCAGAUUCUGCCCGGUGGCAACGCGCUCGUCAACUGGGGUUCUUCUGGUGCCGUGACCGAGUUCAAGGCCGACGGCACUCCCAUCUUCCACGCGUACAUGGACUCUGGCGACCUUGGCGUCGCUGUCGAGAACUACCGCGCCUUCCGGUUCAACUGGACUGGCCUGCCUUCGGAGGAGCCUGCGAUUGUCUCGCUUGAGAACAAGGACGGCACGGCGGUGUAUGUUUCAUGGAACGGCGACACCGAGACCGAGACUUGGCGCUUCUAUGAGCUCACCGACGAAUAUGGCUCGAGGAGCUUCCUUGGCGAGACUCAGCGAACGGGUUUUGAGACUUCGCUGCACGUUCCUGGCCGUCGGGUUGGUCGUGUUGCAGCGGAGGCAGUUGAUGCUCUUGGCGGCGUGCUGAGGGGCACUGGUGUCGCCAAGAUUGAGCAAGAGAUCCUGCCCAUCAGCGCUGGGAAGGGCCGCAAGGGGCCGCACCCUCAAGUCGCGGAGAGCCAGCGUCCCAAGGAGAAGGUGCUUGAGAAGGCGAAGAGCUUCUGGGAGGAGUGGUCCAUCUUCCGCAUCGUCGGAUGGCGGAAGGCGGGCGACCUCUGA